CAAUCCACACGAGGGGAGGAACCCUUCCCGGGACUUUGGUCGGCGUCGAGGCUAGAUCCAGCUGAGCACGGAGCAUAGGAAAUACUGCUCUGCUUCUGAGAAAAAAACAGAGCGUCUGGCCCCGGCUGCCCAGCCCCUCACGAUGUUCCCUGGAGCCUGGCUGUGCUGGACCUCACUCCUGCUCCUGGUCAGGCCCACCCAGCCUUGCCCUGUGGGCUGUGACUGCUUCGACAGAGAGGUAUUCUGCUCAGAUGAGCAGCUGGCCACCAUCCCCCUGGACAUCCCCUCACACGUCACAGACAUUGUCUUUGUGGAGACUGCCUUCACCACGGUGGGGACCAGAGCUUUCAGCAGCAGCCCCAACCUGACCAAGGUGGUCUUCCUCAACACUCAGGUCCGUCACCUGGAGCCCGAUGCCUUUGGGGGGCUGCCCUGGCUGGAGGACCUGGAGAUCACGGGCAGCCCCUUCUCCAGCAUCAGUACUGACAUCUUUUCUAACCUGGGCUCACUGGAGAAGCUCACCUUGGGCUUCGACAGGCUGGUGGCUCUGCCCGAGGACCUCUUCCAAAACAUGGACAAACUGGAGUCCCUUCAGCUUCAGGGAAACCAGCUCCAGACCCUGCCCGGGAGACUGUUCCAGUCCCUGAGGUAUCUAAGAAUCCUCAACCUGGAGCAGAACCUUCUGAGCAAUCUCCCCGAGGGGCUGUUCCAGUCACUCAUCAGCCUGCGGACACUGAAGCUGAGUAACAACAAGCUUACCAGGCUCCCCGAGGGCUUGCUGGGCGAUCUGGGCAGCCUGCAGGAGCUCUUUCUGGACGGCAAUGACGUCACAGAGCUGUCCCCACACGCGUUCUCGCGGCUUUUCAGCCUGGAGAAGCUGUGGCUACAGCACAACGCCAUCAGCCAGCUGCCGGUCUCCGUCUUCUCCUCCUUGCACAACCUGACCUUUCUAAACAUGCGGGGCAACGCGCUGCAGACCCUGCCGGCCGACCUCUUCGCCCACAACCCAGGGCUGCUCCACCUGUCCCUGUCCUACAACCAGCUGGAGACCAUCGCCCAGGGUACCUUUGCCAACCUGUCCCGCCUCGCUUCCCUCACGCUUGCCCACAAUGCCAUCACCCACCUCCCCGAGGAUGUCUUCAGGGACCUCGGGCGGUUGGUCAACCUCUUUCUGAACAGCAACAACAUGACGGACUUGCCUCCAGGCCUCUUUCAGAACCUGUCCAGGCUGGAGGUGCUCAGCUUGUCUAAGAACCAGCUGACCGUGGUCCCCGAGGGCAUCUUCGACACCAACUAUGACCUCUUCAACCUGUCCUUGUUCGGCAACCCCUGGCAGUGUGACUGUCACCUAGCCUACCUUGCCGGCUGGCUCCGCCUCUACAGUGACCAGCUCUUCAACACCCGCACCUACUGCGCUGGCCCAGCCUACCUCAAGGGCCAGUUGGUGCCCAGCUUGAGACAGGAGCAGCUAGUGUGCUCUGUCAUCCCGGGCCACUUGGGCUUCCCAGCCCUGGGGGCGCUGGGUGACAGCGAGCCAGUGGGCAGCUGGGAUCUGGCAGGGGAGGGGAGGGCAGCCCACAGUCAGUGUACCUACCGCAACCCCGAGGGCACCGUGGUGCUUGCCUGUCAGGAGGCUCAGUGUCGCUGGCUGAGCAUCCAGCUGUCUUCCAGGGAAGGCUCGGACUCCCCAGCAAUGGCCUACAACUCCAGUCGGGAGUGGGAGUUGAGGUCAGCCUGUGGCUCCUUGAGGGUCACCGUGGCUAUCGAGGCUCAGGCUGCUGGGCCCUAAGUGCAGCAGAGAGAUUCAGAAGCAUGGGCAAAUGGGUGACUUUUUGGGGGUGGGCAGAGGGAGCUGAGUGUCCGAAGCUAAGAUAAGGGACACGGCCACGUCUCCAGAGUAGGGAGGAGGGAGACCUGCUUCACGUAGCAUCUCCUCAUCCUUCCUCACCGUGACCCCUUGGAGCCUGUGGCCUAACAAGGUCAUCCUCAAACCUAGAGCAGUCGAUCUCAGCCUUCCUCACGCUGUGACCCUUUAGUACAGUUCCUCAUGUUGCGGUGACCCCCCUCUAGCCAUACAAUUAUUUUCAUUGCUACUUCCUAACUGUAAUUUUGCUGCUGCGAUGAAUCGUAAGUGUAAAUAUAUCUUGGAGGUGGAGGGUUGGCAAAGGG